ACAUUCCGUAUUAAAUAUUCGUUCAGAGUAGACGAUGAUGGAACGAUCGUUAUCUGUUUGGAUCGUAGCGAUCACUCUGCUGAUUCGAUCCAGCGAAUCAGCUACAUCUUUCACGAACCCAUUUGAUGCGAUCGCAGGAUGCCUACAGUAUGAUCAUGUGCCCGGCUAUAACGAGACACUGGAGUAUUUUCCGACGAGCAGCUUCCGUAACGUCGGUCGAACUCACAACUCGCGCUACUACCGCAUCGGUAUCCUUGGAUCGAACGAUGGGCACAUUCGUUUUGGUCGAUCGGCUUAUCCUUUCGAUGAAACCGUCAUCGAGCUAGUGAUCAGUGGUUGGUCAAACACGCAGAGUGUAGCCCGACGACAAACCCGGCGUCGCGAUCAAUCAUUCAACAAUGUGGUGCUCAAGGAAGCCUCCACACCGCGUUUAUUAAGUCGCUACCGGCCACUCGUGUUCCGCAUGGAAGUGUUCGAAAAUGGUCGAGUUCAACUGACGAAAGACGGUGAAAAGCGGCCGUUCUUCGAGUACAGCGAUAGCCAGCAUGCCAUACCGGCGGAUUAUAUUGGUUUCAGUCGGUGGGAUGCAGAUUUGAUUUACUUCUACGAUUGUCCUCUGAAGGAAGAUUCAUCCGGUUCGGUCGAUAGCACCGUACUGCUACGCUGCAGUCUUGCAUGAAAUGGUUAACCACGAGGGCAUAGAAAGAUGAGUAGAAUCUAUGGGAUUGGGGUUGUACUGAUACAACAUAAUAAAUUGAGCCAGUGAAUAAAUUCUGGCAUCCAGUACACACCUCG